GGGGAUGGGAAGAGGGUGGUGGCCAGGAGGAGGAGCGGGGUGGCGGGGAGAGAGAGAAACUUCCCUUCCCCUUGUGCCUUUCUCAGAAAACCAAACAUGGCAUCUUCCAUGAGGAGCUUGUUUUCUGAUCAUGGCAGAUACGUUGAAGCUUUUCGCCGGUUUCUGGCUAAUUCCACGGAGCACCAGUGCAUGCAGAAUUUCAUUGAGGAGAAGCUGCCAGGCAUUAUAGCAAGGAUUGGAGACAAAAAAUCUGAAAUUAACAUUCUAAGCAUAGGUGGUGGAGCAGGGGAAAUUGACCUUCAGAUUCUCUCUCAAGUUCAAGCUCACUAUCCGGGAAGUCACAUCAACAAUGAAGUAGUUGAGCCAAAUGCUGAACAAAUCGCCAAAUACAAAGAACGUGUAGCCGCAGCAUCAGACCUCAAGAACAUAAAGUUUGCUUGGCAUCAGGAGACAUCAUCUGAAUAUCAAAAUAGAAUAACGGAGAAAAAGGAGCUUCAGAAAUGGAACUUUAUUCACAUGAUUCAGAUGCUGUAUUAUGUAAAAGAUAUCCCAGCUACUCUGAAAUUUUUCCACAGUCUCCUGGAUACCAAGGGCAAGAUGCUUAUUAUUCUUGUGUCAGGAACCAGCGGUUGGGACAAACUUUGGAAAAAGUAUGUAUCCCGCUUACCCCAAAAUGAUCUCUGCCUCUAUGUGUCAUCCUCCGACAUCACUCAAACCCUGGAAACUUUGGGAAUUAAAUAUGAAUGCUUUGACCUUCUGUCUACAAUGGAUAUAUCAGAUUGCUUUGUUGAAGGCAAUGAAAAUGGAGAGUUACUUCUGGACUUUUUAACAGAAACCUGUCACUUUAGCAAGACUGCUCCACCUGAUCUCAAAGCUGAGAUUAUUGAAGACCUUCAAAGACCAGGAUUCAGUAUAAAAGAAAGGGGAAAGAUUCUUUUUCACAAUCACUUGAGUUUCAUAGUGGUUGAGGCAUAACUCUGUUGUUCAUCUAUCGAUCAACAAGCAUUUAUUAAGUACCCACUGUGUGUAGAGUACUGUUCCUGUUAGGGAGGUGAAAGGCAUUUCAAAAGCUGGAAAAGAAUGUCCUUGCUCUGAAGGAUUGUAUGUUCUGUAGGAGAAGAUAACAUGUGCAUAUAAGCAUAUGCAAAAUAAGUCAAUUCAUCUGGAAUUUACAAGGUACAAAAUUAGCAGUAAUUUACUCUUGCAUUAUUAUACAACAUAUAACAUUCUUAAUAUAUCACAGUCUCAUAUAAGUUGAAGCUGAGCAUAAUCCAGACCUGUGACAAUGUAGAAGAUCCAUUACCUUCUGUCAUCCAUUUAUAUACAUACACACACACACAUAUUAUAUAUAUGAGACAUUUUUAAUGUUAUCUGAUACAGCAGGACCUCAUCGACCCCUCUCCCACAUAAAGCUCAUUUCUUAAGUUUACAUAAGAGAUCCCACUAAAUCCAGCAGCCCAAAUUACAGUACUGUCUAUAUAGCAAUGUGCUAUGGCUAGCAUGUAUAGGUUCAGGAGAGCCAGUUAAUUUUUUCUUUAAAUUUUAAAUUGUUAAAAUUUCAGUAUAACCAUUUAUACCUUGGAUAUCAGCAAAUGUUGUAAAUCAGGACUUGAUUUAUUUUUUGGUUAUUACUUAGACUUAAGAAAUUGCUGAAGAAAAUUUUAAUAAUGCAGAUAAAAUUUAAAAGUGCUUUAUAAUUUAUCAUUCUCUCUCUCUCUCUCUCUCUCUCUCUCUCUCUCUCUCUCUCUCUCUCUCUCUCUCUCUCUUUCUCUCUCUCUCUCUCUCUUUUCCUCCCUCCUUCCCUCCCCCCCUACCCCUUUAUUGUUAGGGAUUUACUAGCAUGUUCCUGGCCACACUCACCUGAAAGAGCUAAUAAACUUUUCUAGUCUCUUGUUUAUUCUAAUGAUGAACAAGUUUUGCUUUCUCUUCUCUAAAUAUCUUCUUAAAUGCUUCUCUAAAUAGAUUAUUUUACACAACUGGUACUUUAUCCAAUCAGAUUACUGAAUGUGAACCUUAAACCAUUAAUCUUGGAGAUUAAAAAAAACACAAACACAUUUAACUGAUGGAGAUGACCAAUGAUGACAAUUAAAUGACUUUACCUUGAAUGACAUUAUGAUAUGAUAUAAAUAAAGAUAUUAUGGAGGCCAGGUGAUACUUUUGUUAAAAGCAAACCUGAAGCUAAAGUAUAUUUUUGAAAUUUGUCUUUACCAUUUUCUAGCAUAUAUCAGACAAUAAAGCAGAGGGGCAUAGUGAAGAGGGCCAGCCUUAAAUUCAGGGAGACCUGCCUUAGACACAUAGUGACUUGGUUACCCAGUGCAAAAAAUGUCUUAAUCUCUCACUUCCUCAGCCCAAAUGACUCCUCUCCUCUCCUCUCUUUCCCUCCUCUCCCUUUUCUCUCUGUCUGUCUCUGUGUCUGUCUCUGUCUCUCUCUCUCAACAUUAUUGGAAGGAAUUUUGGUACUUAAAAAGAAAGAUAUAAUUGGAAAAGUAGGAGUUAGGAGACUUGAUUCAUCUUCACAACCAUAGCAAUUAGUAUUUCCCUACAAUUAGGAAAGAUUAAAGUUGUAAGGAAUUUAUAGGCCAUUAGAGUCAAUUGGGUCUAGUCUUACCUCCUCUCUGCCCCCAUCCAAUGUAGGAACACCUUAGGGAGGUGAAAGGCAUUUCAACAGCUGGAAAAGAAUGUCCUUGCUCUGUAGGAGUAUAUAUUCUAUAGGAGAAGAUAACAUGAUGAGUGAUCCUCUGGGCUGUACUUCAAGGAUUUGUAAUCUGGGGUCCAGAAACUUAUUUUAAAAAAUCUUUUAAUAAUUAAAUUUCAAUAUAGUUUUUCCUUUAUGACCCAACAUGUUUUAUUUUAUGCAGUUAAAAUGAUCGUUCUGAGAUGGGGUCCUUUGACUUCAUCAGACUGCCAGAGAAUACCAUGACACAGGUAAGGUUAAGAACCCCUAUUGUACUUGGACACUUCCACUGAUAGAGAGGUCACUACUUUUAGAUGCAGCCUAUUUCAUUUUCAAAUUGGGAAUUUCUUUCUAAUAUUGAUCUGAAAUUUGCAUUUCUAUACUAUCUGGGUAUAGUUUAACCAGCUAUGAAGUCAUGGUAUUAUCUCUAGCCCACAUUUCUCAAUCUUACCUUCAAGGAUAGCAUGGCAGUCUUUACCAAAUGUCUUGUUAAAAGCCAGAUACACCAUGGCUUUAGUAUUCCCCUGAACUGUUACAAGUCAAGCAACUCCAUCAAAAAAGGAAAUGGAUCUACUUUAGCAUGACUUGUUCUUAAUGAAUCUAUAUUGGCAUCCAUUGAUUCCUCUAAGUGCCCAAGACCAUCUAUGUAACAGCUCAUUCUGCCAUUUACCCUCCUAGAAAUCCACACCAACCUUCCAUGCUCUGUGGUUUCCAAAAUUCACCUUCACCCUCUUUUUGAAAAUUGUUACAUUUGCUAAAUCACCAGUUUUCUGCCAUGCUUUCUAACUUGGAUGAUUUCUUAAAGAUUACUGGCAAUAGUUCUUCAAUCACAUCAAGCUCUGUCAGUAUCCUAGGGUGUAAUUUGUCUGCAUCUACAGACUUGUUCUGAUUCAGAAUGGCAACAUGUUCUCUCAUUUUUUCUCCCAACUUUGGCCACAUUUUUCACUUAAACCCUUAAACCCUUCCCUGUUUGAAGAUCAUUCUCCUUGGUGAUUAAAAGGAAAACAAAAUGAGGAUUGAGUAAUCAUGCCUUUUCUCUGUCAUAUGUUACUUGCUGUGAAAAAAAGAAUUCUCGGGUUGGAAAAUACAUUGUAAUCUGGAUAGCAGGCGCAUUUCUUUAACCAAAACAAACAAAAGCAGAAAAACAGUUGAAACUACCGUGCACAUAAUUUAUAUAUAAUGAUAAUGUACAACUAAUCUGUUUGCAUCAGUGUGAGGAACUCCAAGGAUAAAGACCCUCCGAUUUGGCAGAAAAGUCCCAUGUUUUUGCCCAAGUCACAUAAAGCUUAAGUCAUUCAAAAUAAAAAAAAAUUCAAUGAAA